AUGUAUGUCGUAGUCCAUCGCCAGGGUGCCUCGACCGACGCCGUGUCUUUCCAGUCGCACAUGUUCGCCACCGCGAAGAACGCCCAGGUGGCGGUUCUGGACACCUACACGGGUGAGGCCAAAGCAGCGCUGCUCUUGGCCAAUUCUACAGGGCAGUGGGAGGGCACCGUUCUGCCCUUUGGCACGGCGUUCGGCGUCCCUGACGGCACCUACCAGAUCAUUCUCAGCGAUGGCAGCGCCAACUCUAACAUCCGCGCUCCCUUUACCGCUGUCAAGGGUGAAAGCUACAUUGUGCUGCGCACCGGGGUUACCGAGAAUGCAGCAAACAGUUCCAGUAUCAAAUAUCUCCAGGACCUGGUUGUGUUUCCAGUGACCAGCGCUGGCUGGGGCCAGAGAAGCAAUGCUGUGCGCCUCUUGACCGGCUUGCUGCUGCCAAUGCUGGCUCUAAUUAGCUGGCUUUGA